UGCGCAUCUCCUCCUAUGCUUGGCAUCAGCAGCUCUCUUCUAACCCGCACAAUUAAAGAGCUUCAUCUGCAUUUCCACUCAAUAGAGAGCAUCACACGCCAUUUUCACUAGCAGACAUGGAGCGGUCGGACAGCUUUGAGAACCCAUUACUCAACGAGAUGAAACAUUUCUGUAAGAGAAUACAAGAGGCCUGUAAUGAACUGAAGGAAGAUCUAACACCAUACAAAAACGACCGAUUCUACAGGUUGGCUCCCAUGCGUCUCUACACGCUCUCUAAGAGGCACUUUGUUCUGGUUUUUGUGUUUUUCUUCUUCUGUUUUGCCGUCUCUGCUCUCAUUGGUGUGACGGGACCAAAGAUCAUAAGUGAGAAUCGCUACAACGGUUUGAACAUCACUGUUAAUGAGUCAAAGACGGGCCCAUUUCAUAUUAAAUCUCAGCCGCUCUCCAACUACAACCAACAGCUCUGGCUCACCACUAUCAUUCAGAUUCAGAACAAUGUUGAAGAUUUCCGGAAGAAUUUUGGGAUGAAUGUGGAGUUGCAGGGCGUAAUGCAGGAUGCCAGCGUGAUGCGCAUUAGUGAUAACGUACAAAAUAAAACCCGAAGUCUUUACUGUACUGCCAAUCAGCAGAUGUGUGAUGAGAUCAUUGUGCUACAUCUGGGUUAUCUGAACUACACACUGUACCAUAUUAACAUCAGCUUCAGAGGUCUGGAUGAUCUGAAGGACAAAAUAAAAAAUGUCACAUUUGUGUUUAAGACGUACAACGCCAUGUUCUCACAGGUGGAAAUCUGGUUUCGGUUUGUGUUUGUUGUGAUGACCUUCAUAGUGACUUGUAUGUUCGCUCACUCUUUAAGGAAGUUCUCAAUGAGGGAUUGGGGCAUCGAACAGAAGUGGAUGUCUAUUCUUCUCCCUCUUCUGCUCCUGUAUAACGAUCCCUUCUUCCCGCUGUCGUUUCUGAUGAACAGCUGGUUUCCCGGAACGCUGGACGCUUUCUUCCAGGCGACGUUCCUGUGCGCUCUGCUUCUCUUCUGGCUGUGUGUGUAUCAUGGCAUCAGGGUGCAGGGAGAGAGGAGGUUCUGGACGUUCUACGUGCCCAAGUUGGUGAUGGUCGGGUUGCUCUGGCUGUCGGCCGUCACGCUGGGAAUCUGGCAAACGGUGAAUGAGUUGCAGGAUCCAACAUAUCAGUACAAAGUGGACAUCCAGAACUUCCAGGGCAUGAAGAUCUUUUUCUUGCUGUUGGUUGGUUUAUAUGUGUUGUAUCUGGUCUUUCUGGUGGUUCGUGCGUGCUCAGAACUGAAGAAUAUGCCAUACACAGAUUUGCGUCUGAAGUUUCUAACAGCCCUGACUUUAGUGGUGUUGGUGAUUAGUAUGGUUAUAUUGUACAUAAGGUUCGGCUCCAGAGCUUUGCAGGACAACUUUGUUGCUGAACUCUCCACUCACUACCAGAAUUCAGCCGAAUUUCUGUCCUUCUAUGGCCUUCUGAACUUUUAUCUCUACACGUUAGCGUUUGUCUAUUCACCCUCCAAAAACGCUCUCUAUGAUUCCCAGCUGAAAGACAAUCCUGCUUUCUCAAUGCUCAAUGACUCUGAUGAUGAAGUCAUUUAUGGGAGUGAUUAUGAAGAAAUGCCACUUCAAAAUGGCCGUGCCAUCAAAGCGGCUGCCAAAUACCGAGAUGAGAGCGAUAGUGACUAAUCUGACAUCUGAUUGAAGGAGAGAGUGGAUCUAGACUUUUGAUUGGUCAGCUUCUGUCUUGUAUAUUUAACAUCAGUUUUUUUUGGCAUGUAUAUAGACUCGUUAAAAUAAUAUCAGUGUCAUUAUAUACUACUGUAUGUGUAAAUAUAUAUGCCUAUAUAUUUUUAAAGAUAAAAGUCAUGUGUUUUUUUGGAAGUCACUCCAGUUAAAGCAGCGCCGACGAGAUCUUUUGUAGAUGAUGAGCGAUUCAAUCAUUUGUCCUGAAGUUUUGUGAUUGGUUCUACAUUGGUGCCUAUGUACAGUGUGCAGAUUUGUAUUAUACAGCGGAUGUAAAUACUGAAAAUCUAUAGGGACUUUGUUAAACCAGCGUCUGUGUGAAUGUUCUGCAGGUCACGUUUUUACCUUACGAAAUCAGUUGUGUUUUCCAUAAAGAAAAUAAUUUUUGUGCCAAUUAUUUUCAAUUUCCCCUUCUGUUUUUAUAAAAUCCAUUAAAUUUGGUACAAGGUAGGUAGAAAAUAAAUACAAAGUAUAUAAUUAUUUCUUCUUUGUAUUACAGAAAAUAUCAGAAUGUAAACAUCUUAAUACAACAAAAACUUUAUUUAUUUUCUUUAUGUAUAAUAUAGUUUCUGUUUUCGGGUUUGAAUCUGACCUAGACGUUUAAAUAAGGCUUUAUAAGAUUCACUUUGCUUUUUUUGUAUGAAAGUAUUACAUCUUCAUGUCACAAUUUACAUUCCAUAAUUAUGUUUUUUUCCUCACUUUCCUCCAUAAUAUUAUUAUUUUUUUAAUCUGAUGUGCCUGUGAAGGUGUUUCGCUUGACACUUGUGUGUAUUGUGAGUGAAAGGAUGUACAGGUGCAAUAUAAGAACUUCCAGGGUCUUGUGUAUUUAGCAAAGCAGAUUGAUUUUGACCCUUUACAGUUCACUGUCAGAUUGAUUAAGUUUUCAGUUUUUAAUCACUGUUCACUUCAUUAUCUUAACAUGAUGUUUGGAGGUCUGUACAGCACCUGUGUGUGUUUGUGUGUUAAUACACGGCUGCUUAUAAACUGUAGUAUGGUACUUUAUAGUGGUAUCAUACACUUGUUUCAUGUUUGAAGAUGAACAAUGUUUGAUUCUUUGCACAGUGUCAUAUCUUGUCAUGUCUUUAAAUGAGCUGCUAGAUAUAAAACAUCCCUACAUCAGUAAUUUGUAUUAGUUGACAGCAUGUUCUCUGUCAAGUGUCAUUCCUGUUAUUACUCAUGAGUCCAGAAAUUUGUUUGUGCCUUUUCUGUACAUUACAUCAUUCUCAAGCCUUGUUGACCACUUGAGCUCACUCCAAAUCUUCAUAAAUACAAACACUAAGGAGAGGAGCUUUCCUUUAACUGCACUGUUGUCAUGUUUAAAAGAAUGUUGUAUAAAAACUUAAUACAUUUUGAGACUGGG